AUGGCCUCAAUUUCGACAUGGUUCAGAUACAUGGCUCACAAGCUCGAGUAUUCCCUCGCUCUCAGUGUCAAGAGUCACAGGAGAGAAAAACUGAGUGACCGAGAACUCAUUCAAAUAGUGUGCAAGAAUCUAUUCCAUGGGAAAGUAACCUACUUACACUCAGACAAAGGACCUGAAAUGUCCCCAACCAUGGGAGCUCAUGAAAACACACUUCUUAUCCGUAAGAUACCAAUCGCUAACAGGAGGUUUGUAUUCAUUGGAGAUGCUGUGGUCUUAAAAGACCCAAACGAUUCUGAUAAGUAUCUGGUAAGAAGAUUAGCAGCUGUAGGAGGAACCGAAAUGGUAUCCGGUGAUGAAACAGAGGAGCCUUUUGUUCUCGAAAAGGAUCAGUGUUGGGUAACAGCUGAAAACCUUGAGCUCAAAGCUAAGGAAGCAUAUGAUAGUCGAACGUUUGGUCCAGUUUCAACAGCAGAUAUUGUUGGAAGAGCUAUAUAUUGUCUGAGAACAGCCGUAGAUCAUGGUCCCGUUCGAAACAGUCACGCUGCAAUGGGAAGAGAUUCUCCAAUCCUGGCAGUGGAAUUGGAUGUGGAGGAGAUGGCUGAAAACCACAAGGCAUAA